AUGAUAAAACAUGUGCAUGUCGAGUCUAAUAAGUGGUGUAUUUUGGUGUUAUCAAACUCUCCCACACUUAAACUUUUGUUUGUCCUUAAGCAAAACUCUGCUUACAAGAAGAAAAACAGUAGCACUUGGAUACUUAACUUAGGCUUUAAACUCUCUUUUGGCCAAUGUUCUGUUAACAGUUCUCUUGCUGGUUUCCUACCUGUUGCAAUCUCAUGUCUAGAAACAUCUCAUGGCCACACCGACCGCGUUUGGAACAUUACCAAACGAGCCAUCAGCGUCGAAGUCAACAAACAGGUGAGGAACAAGAUCUUGAGGAAGAGGAUUCAUGUUCGAGUGGAGCAUGUUAUUCCGUCUAGGUGCACUGAGGAAUUCCGGUUGAGGAAGAUUCAGAAUGAUAAGUUGAAGGCUGAGGCAAAGGCAAAUGGAGAGGUGAUCAGCACCAAGCGCAAGCCGGAGGGUCCCAAACCUGGUUUCAAGGUGGAGGGUGCUACAUUGGAGAUUGUUACUCCAAUUCCAUAUGAUGUUGUUAAUGAUCUUAAAGGAGGGUAUUAG